AUCGCCCUCAUCGUCGUCUCAAUCAUACCCCAUCGCGACACCCGACCACCAUGUCGAACUACAACCGCACCCCCUAUGUCACCCCCCACAUCCUCCACAAGCACUACGCCCAGGCGUACGAUGCUGAGACCUCAAAUUUGAUUGGCCGGGAGUUGGAGUACUUCUCCCAGGCCGGUUUCGACAUGGACCGCAUCCAAAUCAAGCGCAACGCUCCCCCCGCGGUGCUUUACGAGGAUGCGGUCCGGAACGAGGGUGCCAUCAUCUCGUCUUCCGGUGCACUCAUCAACUUUUCCGGCAAGAAGACCGGACGCAGCCCCAAGGACAAGCGGAUUGUCUACGAGGAGACCUCGAAGGACGAGAUCUGGUGGGGCUCCGUAAACAUCAAGAUGGACGAGCACACCUUUGAGAUCAACCGUGAACGCGCGAUCGACUACCUUAACACUAGGGAUAAUGUCUACGUCUUCGAUGGCUACGCAGGGUGGGACCCGAAGUACCGCAUCAAAGUGCGGGUAAUCUGCGCUCGUGCCUAUCACGCUCUGUUCAUGAACAACAUGCUCAUCCGCCCGACGGAGGAGGAGCUCCAGAACUUCGGCGACCCCGAUUUCAUCAUCUACAACGCGGGCCAGUUCCCGGCGAACCGCUUCACGAAGGGCAUGUCUUCGACCACCUCCGUCGAGAUCAACUUCAAGCGGAUGGAGAUGGUCAUCCUCGGCACCGAGUACGCCGGCGAGAUGAAGAAGGGUGUCUUCUCCGUGAUGCACUAUCUCCAACCCGUCAAGUUCGGGCAGCUAUCGCUGCACUCGUCCGCCAACGUCGGCGAGACCGGCGACGUCACGCUCUUCUUCGGGCUGUCCGGGACGGGCAAGACGACGCUCUCCGCGGACCCGCGCCGCAAGCUCAUCGGCGACGACGAGCACGUCUGGUCCGACGACGGCGUGUUCAACAUCGAGGGCGGCUGCUACGCGAAGUGCAUCAACCUCUCCGCGGAGAAGGAGCCCGAGAUCUUCAGCGCGAUCCGCUUCGGGAGCGUGCUCGAGAACGUCGUCUACAACCCGCUCACGCGCGUGCCCGACUACGACGACGCGAGCAUCACCGAGAACACGCGCUGCGCGUACCCGAUCGAGUACAUCCCGAACGCGCAGAUCCCGUGCUUCGUCGCGUCGCAGCCCAAGAACAUCAUCAUGCUCACCUGCGACGCCUUCGGUGUCCUCCCGCCCGUCGCGAAGCUCACGCCCGAGCAGGCCUCCUACCACUUCCUCGCCGGCUACACGUCCAAGACGCCCGGCACUGAGGACGGUGUGCUCGAGCCCAUCCCGACGUUCUCGACGUGCUACAGCGCGCCGUUCAUCGUGCUCCACCCCGGCCGCUACGCCGAGAUGCUCGCGGAGCGCAUGGCGAAGAACAACGUCGACUGCUGGCUGAUCAACACGGGCUGGACGGGCGGCAAGUUCGGGACGGGCAAGCGCUGCCCGCUCAAGUACACGCGCCGCAUCGUCGACGCCGUGCACUCGGGCGAGCUCGCGAAGGCCGAGUACGAGAACUUCGGCGUGUUCGGGCUGCAGGUGCCGACCGCGCUCGAGGGCGUGCCGCGCGAGCUGCUCAACCCGCGCCUCGCGUGGGCGAACACGGAGGCGUUCGAGCGCGAGAUCCGCAAGCUCGCGGGCAUGUUCCAGAAGGCGUUCGCGCUGUACGAGAGCGACGUCGAGGAGAAGGUGCGCCUCGCCGGCCCGCAGCUCUAGGUUGCUGUCACCGGGGUCGAGGUGGACGUGUGAUAUGGGGUUCGGGGAGCUGAAGCGUGCGGGGAUAUAACCAGACUAGCCUACCAGGGACAGCGUGCUGUGUACCAAUAGAUGUAUAGUCCCCUUCUAAGUACCUUUGCCCACUAGCGGCUUGAUACGGCAAACCAAGUUC